AUGAGCAUGUACGCUAUAGACCCUACGGAUUUUGUCCGUGCUGAGGAUGAUAGAGACUCUCUUAGAUUUGACGACCCUCAACAACAGGGUAAAUUUGAGCUUGGUGUGUGCAUGGCAGUAUACAAGUGGGAUGAGUUGAACACUGCGGUUGAAAAUUCCUGGGGUGGUCCAAACAGUGCAGAGAAAAGAGACUGGCUAUCGGGAGUUGUUAUUGACCUUUUUGAGGAAAAAGCUGUUGAUAACAUUUUAAUCGAAGAGACUUUGCUCUUUGCAAUGGUCGAUGAGUUUGAUACUGAGAUCGAUAACGACUCGGCGCUUGAGAUCGCUGCUCUUAUCUUGAGACUAUAUAAGGAAUGCUCCGCCAAGAAGUUCUCCAGUGUUGACGACCUUUACGAAAAAUAUCAAAAGAAAGCAUCCAACGCUUCUAAGAAACAGAAUAUCAAGAUCGAAACCGAUCCUAACAAUCCAAGUUCCGAUGAGGAAGAUGGCGAAAACGAAGACGAGGUGCCGCAAUUGGUGGAGAGAAUCGAAGAUACUCACAUUGAAGAGGCUCCAAAGGGCCCUGUCGUUGACGACGAUGGCUUUGAGCUUGUGCAAAAGAAGGGUCGCAGACGUUAA